CUGACCCUCGCCCCUUCCACCGUCAUGCUAUCCUGUUGAGGCUCACGUUUUUUCCGCUGUGACCUCGGAGUGUCGGCGCCCAGACUCGGUUUCCUCUGAAUGAAAACUGCUGGACAAUAAUUAUAAAAACCUCUAAAACCGCAGCACGGCUCCACCGCGGCCUCCUGCGACUCGUUGGCCGCCACUCAGCUAAAUUAGCCGGACUAGCACCAGGAGAGGUGAAGGGGAGACAUGGCUGAAGUGGAAGAGUUGUCCCCGGCUUCAGGCCCGGUGGCUACCCGACCUCCAGAAGACGAGAUAGACGACGAUGAAGACGAAGAUCUGGAUGAGACCCUGGUGGAGAGGUUGUGGGGUCUGACUGAGAUGUUUCCCGACCCAGUGAGGACCGCUGCGGAGGUUUCUGUGCAAGGCUCGGUCUCCUUGUUCAAGAAGUUUUACAGCUUUUCCCGUUCUGCGCUGUGGGUGGGCACCACCAGCUUCAUGAUCCUGGUGCUGCCCGUCGUCUUUGAGACGGAGAGACUUCAGCUGGAGCAGCAGCAGCUGCAGCAGCAGCGACAGAUUCUAUUAGGGCCCAACACGGGGAUGUCUGGUGGGAUGCCUGGCAUGAUGCCUCCUGCGCCUGCCAAGAUGUGAGGAAGCAGAGGAGCACUACAUGGACCUGAGGUCUGCUGCCAUCCACACAGCAGGGAGAGACAGGGAGAGCAUGGGACACGGCCGGGCCUGCGUGUCUGCAGCACUGCUGGGACUCAUGACGCCUUGAUUUCACUGUCUCUCCUCCUCCUUCCCAAUGUCACGCAGAGACUGAUUUCCAGGAGCACGGUUUCUGUCGUCUAGUUUUUUUUUAUUAUUACGUACUUCUUUCAGCAUAAAUAAUGUUUGUUGGGUGGGUAGCAGAUGCAGGCGAGUAUGUGGGAGUUAGAAGAGGUCUGAGCGUCGCCUGCAGUCUGAUCCGUGUUUCUGUUUUUAGAUCUUUGUGUGUGCUGGUUGCUCCUGUACGAGAAGAGUGAUGGUAGUGAUAAAUGUCAGAUGGGUUUAAAGAAAUGUUAGCAGUGAAGACAGUGGUCGACAGUCUGGAAACCAAAUGACGGCCUUCUCUGUUUCCUGUCACAGCAUGUUGUCAUGAUGUAAAAUGUGCAUAUUUCUCACUUUAAACCCGACAAGAGAUUUAUCUCCCCUGGUUAAACGAUGGAAUGAAUAAUGCUGUCAGGUUUUCUUUUUUUAAUUGAUGCCGUGUAAAAUCCUCUAAUCUUUUUAUUGUUACCAGUUUAUCAUCAUUUCAGGAGCACAUUACAGUCUUAUGCUUAAACGUGUCACUUCUUUUUGUCUAACUGGACUGCAAAAAUUAAAACCCCAAAUGAAAGGAGAACGUCUCGUUAACUGUCAUAUAGACACGUGGUCCGCAGCCUGUGGUCAUGCAUGACUGGAUGCUUCCCUGCUGCCACAAACCCCACUUAAAUGAGUUAACAGGUUUCUGUGGGUUGAUGACAUGCUGAAUCAAACGUAGGAGAAAGAGAUAGUCAGAUUACUAUUACUAUAUUAUUAAUAUUACUGUUACUAUUAGAUUAGACCAGAACUGAACCACCUCUGAAACACGGUAGUGGCAGCAUCAUGGAGAAUACAGGUCACUUUGUGAAACCAUGAAAUCUCCUAUUAGGGACUUUAAAUGCUUUACUAUUCAACAUCAUUACAUUCACACUUCAUUGCAAAGCUUUACAGCAGGGGGUCACCAACAUGGGGCCCCAGGGACCACGUGUGGGGCCCUCCAGCCUGAACUAAAACUAGCACAACCCUCCAGUGAGCUGCAUCUAAAAUGCUAUUUAAUCUGUUGCUUUACUUUUGUAAUCACACUUGCAUUUAAAUAGAUUUAAAAAUGACAA